UCUAUGCAGAAUCCGGUGUUUCCGCUGCGGGCGGCCAUCACGCUUCUGUCUUUGCAGCAGCGGCUUGAUCUUCGGCAGGAGUAGAGUGAUGGCAGGGCGACGAGCUGCCAUAAAGGCCAUUGACUGGCUGGCUUUUGCAGAGAGGGUGCCUCCAAACCAGAGAGCUAUGUUCAACAACCUGAAGACCCGAAGCGAUGCCGUCUCUGCUAAACUUGCCUCACUGCCCGAGAAGCCAGCCCCCAUCGACUGGAGUUACUACAGAAGGACAGUGGCAAAAGCAGGAAUGGUGGAUGAGUUUGAGAAGAAGUUUGCUGCUUUGACUGUUCCUGAGCCAGUGGACACUCAGACUGCUAAGAUCAGUGCACAGGAACAAGAGUCUAACAAAAAUGCUGCGGACUACAUUCAGGCUUCCAAAGCUCGCAUAGCUCUGUAUGAGAAGGAGCUUGAGAAGUUCAAGAACAUGAUUCCCUUUGACCAGAUGACCAUUGAAGACCUUAAUCAUGCUUUCCCUGAGACAAAGCUUGACAAAGAGAAACAUCCAUAUUGGCCACACAAGCCUAUAGCUGACCUGUAAUUUAUUAGCAAAGUCAAAUUGUUUAUAAAUUAAUAAGUCUUUGAGUGCAGGAUCAUAUUGUAUGGUCCAGUCUGUAUAAUGCUUCUAAAGUAGAAGAGAUUUUGUGAAGUGGCUCAGCACUGUUGUAUGUAUGGCUAAAACAUUAAAUAAAUGGUUUAAGUUUUGA